AUGUUUGGCGACCGAGAGCUGGACUUCUGUGACACUGCAGGUCAUUUGGGUCUUUGUCAAGGCUCCGUUCUCACUUUAUUGCGACUUCCGCCGAGGAAGCUUUGCACUGCUUCAGAGGAUGGAACUGCACGCAUAUUUGAACUGCACACUGGGAAAAGCCUCAGCAUUCUCGGAGGGCACUGCAGUGCUGUGGUCUCAGUCAGCUUCUCGGAGGAUGUCACGAGAGCUUUGACCAUGACUUCAGCGCGCUCCAUUGCGAUGUACGAUUCGACCACGGGAGUGCAGCUGUGGAGGGUCCUGGGCCCCGUGCAGGACGCCUGUCUCGCGGCAGAUGGAAGAAGAGUGCUGGUCAUGGAUUCACAUUCUGUGGUGGGUUUGCUGGACGCACAAUCGGGGCGCUUGCUCACAAACUUGGUGCAUCAUGCGUACUUUGUUUGCACGGCAGUCUUCUCUCCUGAUGGCAAAGCUCUUCUCACCAGCUCUGUCGAAGGCUUUGCACGGCUAUUUGAUGUGGAGACUGGUGGUUGCACAGUCACCUUCGGUCGUCCGACGGGUGGAACCUUGCGUGUGGGCAUGUCUGCCGCUGCCUUCUCACCAGAUGCUAGCAAAGUGCUUGCAAGCUUAUACGAUGGCUCUGCUGACCUCUAUGCUCGCACUGGGGAGCGGAUUUGCACUUGCGCCGGUCACACAGCCCCAUUGCGAUCGUGCAUUAUGUCACCAGACGGCAAGAUGAUCCUCACCGCAUCCAAAGAUGGUGCAUCAAAGCUGUUUUGUGCAGACACUGGCGCAUGCCGCUGCACCUUUCAAGCGGCCUCGGACGCGGCACUUUGCAGUGCCAAAUUCUCUCCAGACCUGUCCAAGGUCCUGACAGCUGGGCAAGAUGGUACUGCCCGGCUUUUUGAUGCGCGCACUGGAGCGUGUUUACAGGAAUUUCCUGAUCACGCUGCACCAGUGCUCAGUGCAACACUAUCGAUUGAUGGGACUCUUGUGCUUACAAGCUCUAGCGACUUGGAAGCGAAGCUGUUCGAUGCCAAAACGGGCAAGUGCCUACGUCUUUACUGUCAGGAGAAUGGCUUUGUCACCUGCGCACAAUGGGCACCCGGUGGUCGGCAACUGCUCCUCGCCUUCUUCAGUGGGCGGGUAGCGGUUUUUGAUCCACUGAGCAAUGCCUUUGUCCAAGAAUUUCCUGGACACCGUGAUUGUGUGCAUUCAAUGAAACUGAUUUGA